UGAUUCAGCGAAGUGACAUUGCGGCAUGUGCCGAGUGUAUGUUGGCCAUGGUAGUUGCAUGCCCUCCGCGAUGGGUCGCCACGCUCAGGUGUUCAAGCUGUUCUUCAUUUCGCCGCUCUGUCGUCGCCAAUUGGCACCCUUGCGAAUCCUCUCUUCUUCUCCACACGGCAUAUAUUCUUUAUUAAGCGAUUCUCCUCGUUGCUCUUGCGAACACCAAAAAUGGUUACGCGCAUUUUCAUGUGGGCAGAACGUGAGGCAAUUAGGUUUAAAUCACAGGUCAGAGUUAGAGUCUUGUAAGGAUUUGAGGGAUGGAAUGCAAGAGGGAGAUGCGAGGACGGCAUCAUUGAACGAGGGAGGAUUACGACCACCUUCGUCAACUGCAUCUGAGGAUCCGAAGCUUGAUCGGGAGGUUGCAGAGGAGAUUUCUUUGACGGAUAAUUGCGUCCGGAGGAUACGGGAAAUUAAGCUUGAAGAUGGGCCAACGGGAGAGAACAAAAUGCUACGGUUGAGCGUAGAAGGAGGUGGAUGCUCCGGUUUUCUCUACAAUUUUGCUCUCGACGACAAGGAUUUUUGAAAGGGAUGGAUCCAAGCUUGUAGUAGACGACAUUUCGCUCGGUUUUAUCAAAGGUGCCACUGUGGACUUCACCGACGAACUAAUCCGAUCGUCUUUUGCAGUCACCAUCAAUCCCGAUGCAGCAUCUGCAUGUGGUUGCGGAGCCUCAUUCAAUGCAAAGUGAAGCAAAUUAAUGCUGCAACUUAGCUUUCCUUGAAGGAGUAUUAUAUUUGUUCAUUGUUUUUGGACUGUUCUCGAUUCACUGAGUUGAAUCGCUGCACAGUGGACAUGACUCCAGCCCAGUGAGGAGCUUGGAGGUCCAGCCGCGGAAUGACACUCAGUAUAGCUAGUGAAUGUGAUCUGGAGUUUGCAGGUCCCUUCACUGAUCACCACAAUUGCAGUGAAUGACUUAAUCGAACAGAAGAAAAAUAUGUACCAUUCUUUCAUACACUUCUCCGUGAAAUGAAAGAACACCGUUGCAGACAAUUAUCACAGUAUGAGGGAAAAUAUCCAAUGUUUUAGGUGUUUGUGUUAAAGGUUGUGGAGUUUUGGAAUGCAAAUAACUUUUUGGGUC